UAUUUGCUUACUUACGUUGAAUAUCCUUACUAUUAGUAUUAGAUUCAUGUACAUAUAAGACUCAUGUACAUACCUACAACUUCCAUCGUCUAAAGCACAUAUAUACGUCUCGUGUAGAUAUAUAGUUUGAGAAUACACUUUUUAUUUUAGAAGAAAAAAAGAACGGCAUCUGCAUUUGCCAUUCCCGCAUCGCCCGCACUUCCGACAUCGCGACCGCCCCUCUCUCAGUGCCUUAACGUGUUUUAAAGCCUCCAGUCGCCCCUUCCCGUCCCGCCAGCGUCGUAUCUAGUCUACGCUACCCACUCCCCCCUUUCUCCUCCUCGUCCGUAUCGUCCGUAUCCGUGUUCCUAUCCUCGUUCCUAUCCUCGUCCCUCUCAGUCAGCCGACAGAGGACAGCCGACCGACAAGUCACACGAGUAAAUCCCGAUCCAACACCGCCAAGCUGUUUUCCUCUACCUUCCGGCGGACCUUUUUACGAGCCGGCACCCCCAGCUUUUCCCUCGCCGCGAUCACGACCGCCGGUCUCCAGAAAAAUUCGAACCAGUCCUCCCACAUUCCCAACAUGGCCGCCAGAACAAUGCAUAGCAAGGUCGUUGUCAUCGGCUCUGGGCCUGCCGCCCACACCGCCGCCAUCUACCUCGCUCGCGCCCAGCUAGAGCCCGUUCUCUAUGAGGGUAUGAUGGCGAAUGGCGUUGCUGCCGGCGGUCAGCUUACUACAACCACCGAUGUCGAGAACUUUCCCGGUUUCCCCACAGGUGUCAACGGUAGCAAACUAAUGGAUGCAAUGAGGGAACAAUCGGUAAAAGCCGGCACCAAAAUCGUUACUGACACCGUGGUAAACCUUGAUUUAUCCAGACGACCCUUCCAGUUUGGGCUGGAAUACGCUCCUGGUGAGGUCCACACUGCCGAUGCCGUCAUCCUCGCCACCGGUGCCUCCGCAAAACGUCUCGGCCUUCCUGGUGAGGAUGUUUACUGGCAGCAAGGUAUCAGCGCUUGCGCCGUAUGCGACGGCGCUGUCCCCAUUUUCCGCGACAAGCCAUUGUUCGUUAUCGGCGGCGGUGACAGUGCGGCCGAGGAGGCGCUGUUUCUGACCAAGUACGGUCAACAUGUCACGGUUCUAGUGCGAAAGAACGAGCUGCGCGCCAGCAGCGUGAUGAAAAGUAGACUUGAGGACCACAAAAAGGUUACCGUGCGUAGACUAGCGCAGGGUGUCGAGGUCAAGGGUGAUGUGGACGAGCUCGUGAAAUUUUACAGGGCCAAGUAUGGCCACGAGGCCGUGGGUGGUGAAAAUGGCAUAGAUGUCAAGAUUCUUACACCUGAGGACAAGGAGAAGUGGGUGAAAGAAGACCAAAAGAAGUAUCAGCGACGAAAAAUGACUCACCUAGUUGUGGAGUUCACCACUACCACCGAAAAGGGAGAAAUAAUAGAGACGAAGCAAGAGACUGUAGAGGCGAACGGUCUGUUCUACGCCAUUGGUCACAACCCGGCUACCGAGUUGGUCAGGGGCCAACUGGAAGUUGAUACUGAGGGUUAUGUCAUUACCCAACCCGGUACUCCUUUCACCAGCAUCCAGGGUGUCUUCGCUUGCGGUGACGUGCAAGAUAAGAGAUACAGGCAGGCCAUUACGAGUGCAGGAACUGGCUGCAUGGCUGCUAUGGAUGCUGAAAAAUACAUUGCAGACCUCGAGGUGGAGGAAGCUGCUAGGAAGAAAGCUACUGCUGCCAAUGGAUCUGCUUCUACCAAUGGGACCGCCUCUACCAACGGCAAGAUUUAGAUUUUACUACUUUUUUAGAGAUCGUCACUAUUCAAGUCUUAUCCAAUAGAUCUGUGUUACUUGGCGUUUUUUGUUGACAUUGUAGACAGCCAGCUAGCUGUCGCCUCUUAGAUAGACAAGAUAAAUCCAAUGAUACCAAUAAUGCAUCUUUCCAAUAUUAUGCACGAACUCAGCUUCAAAUGAACAAUGGCUUCGACUGACAAGCUCGCGGAUGCGUCAAUGCCUUC